UUGUUUUAAUAGUCUUCCUGUUGAAGAGCUUGUGUUAUGUGCAAGCUGAGGUGGACAGACGGAUAGAACCACCACAGGAUUAAAGCGUAAUGGCAUACAUAUCUAUAUCUACUUCGAAACCAGCAGGGACUCUUCUGUUUUGGGUCUGUCUGUGUCUCAUGGUCUCAACACUGCAUACCCUGGUACCAAAUGAACAGAAACAAACUGUGAGACAGACUACUUCAACCAUGCCAACAAAAAUUCAAACCACUGCAUACACCACAGCAGACCCUGGCCAUGGAGCUGGAGGAACAUUUGGCAGUAGUAACAGGAGCAUCUGUGAGCCAUAUUGUUCAAUUUGCGUGAACUAUACAGCUCAACAAUGCUAUGAAUUGCUGGUGGAACUGUGUGAAUAUCGUUUUCAUGAUGAUAUGGGGUCCAUGAACAGUACCGACUGGUGUUCAUUGGAAAAAGUUAAAAGUGCAUACAACAAAUUCAGUGUGUGUACGGAGUCUUUUGCUGAAAGUCUGCUGCUUCCCUGGCCGAAUCAGUUGGUUGAACAUUUAUUUGUGAAAAUCCACACCACCUAUUUUCAAGAUUGCCCCACAGAGGCACUGAGAGACCCCCCUCCCAACAUCAUCCUUGCCCUUGUCAUGACCCCCAUAUGCCUAAUCCCUGUUAUGGUGGUCCUAGUUGUUCUCAAGUCUAAAAAUGGAGACAGGUCCUAGACUCCUAGGUUUCGUCUUCAUCCGAGAUGGUAUCCCACCCAGGGAUAAUGUCCUGACUCGACGCUCUCCAGUAAAUGUGCACCUGUCUCCAGGAUUGACUAAACCAGGAUGGAGGAUGAGCAUUUGUUCUGGGGGUGAUCUCUUACUGGAAAAUGUAACUGUAGUUCAGUGAAAUAACUGUUGGUUUGAAAUGUAUAUUUAUCAUUAACAGACAGCUAAUGUGCAUUACAGAUAUUUCGCAGCAUUAUUAUCUCCAAAUACGUUUUGUUGUCUUCAGGAUUUAUAAUCCAGUGAAAUGUGAAAUGGCAAUGGAAAAGUAUUACUUUGAAGUAUUCAGACAAAUUGUGCAGAACAAUGCAGAACCACAAACUCAUUUGAGUGUCCACUUUAUGCACUGUAAUCUCUAACCCAUGUUUUAAUGAAGAUUUUGAUGUUAGUUAGGUGACAAGAGCUGUUUAGCUGACGCUUAGUAUAUUUUCUAUUUUGACACGUCAUAACAAUUGACUUUUUAAAUGUAUUAUGACAGCUAUUGAGGAAUUAAGCAUAAAUGAUUCAAUCUGAAUGCAUGACAAAACAAAGCCGACUGAAAGCCACCCAUUUCAAUAGGCAGCUUAUUAAAUAACUGUUUAUUUAUAUAAGUUAACGACAUACAGGUGUCUCGGAAAAGUAAACUUUUAAGAGUGAAGGCAAUGUCAGAAUAUGGAAAUUUAUUGUAAUGUCCACUUGCAUUGUUCAUUUUAAUAUUACUGUGCCCCUCAAACAGAACUGCAGUGUAUACUUUGCUUACUAUAUAAUUACUGUAUCAGUGUAGUUACAUGAAAGAGAAUGGCAUUAGUUUGUGUUUUAUAAUAAUUUCAGUAAUUGAUUAUGAAGGAUGAGUCUUAUAUUGAGACAAAACAUUUUUCAAGCUUAUGUCUGCAGAUUGUUCUUUUCU